AUGGCGUACUCAAUCACUGACAUCUCACCCUACUGUAAUCUCAUAAACUCUGCCUCCCGAGCAUGCCUAACACUUUCUGGGAAGACCAUUGAAGCUACUGUAAUACGAUAUUGUAAGCUUAGUAUUGGAAAGAAGUGGGCUGCCUUCAGGCAAAGUUUAUGGAAUGAGUUCAAUGAUCCUACCAAGACUAGAGAUGAAAUUAUAAGUAAUGUGCCAGUAGGUAUAGAUAAGGAUCAAUGGGCUCAUUUUGUUAAUUAUCGAAUGAAACCAUCAACAUUGGAGCUUUGUAGAAGGAAUAAAGAAAUUCGAGGCAAGCAAAAAAUUCCACAUACAGGUGGUUCUAAGUCCAAUGAAAGAAGAAGGCAUGAGAUGUUUUUGGAAACUGGUCAAAAUCCUAGUCGUGGAAAACUGUUUAUUGAAACUCAUAAGAGAAAGGAUGGAUCUUAUGUAAAUGAUGCAGCAAAGACAAUAGGGGAACAAAUUGAAGUUGGUAUGACCCAAAGCACUACAGAUGAAUCUGAAAUUUCUCCUAAUGAUGUUGUUGGUAGAGUGUUUGGGCCAGAACACUCUGGGAGAGUGAGAUGCAUGGGUAUGGGGGCAGCUCCUACUAAUACAUUUCGUAAUACUAGACUUCGAAUUAGUGAUUUGAGCCUCUCUUCAUCCAAUGUUGCUUCAUCAUCAUCAUGUUCUAACCAGUGCAAACAAAAGUUCAAUCUUUUGGAAUCCCAACUACAAGGAACAUUGAAUGCCCUUAAGGCCUAUAUGAUAAUGAAGGAAGGAAAAAUUCCUGAUGAAUUG